AUGAAUUGUACAUUGUACCAAUGCCUUGUUGUUCCAUGUUAUAUACUGAUUAUCUUUCUUCAGGCUGUCUAUAAUGCUAACAAGUUUGCAAGACUUGUCCGAAAGAGAAAUAGACUUCAAAACUGGUUAGACUAUAACCAGCUGAAAUUUGAAAGAAACCCAGAAAAGAGACGGAGAAGAAAGAAUGGUUUCCUUGGACUUUGGGGAGAAAAAAUUGACUCCAUUGACUUCUAUAAGCAUCAAAUAAAGGAGCUUGAUAAAAAAUUGACAAUGGAGCGUCAGAAAGUUCUCAAGGAUCCAAAAGCUAUCAUGCCUGCUGCCUUUGUAUCAUUCAAUUCGAGAUGGGGGGCAGCUGUUUGUGCACAGACACAACAAAGCAAGAACCCGACACUGUGGCUAACAAAAUGGGCCCCUGAACCCCGCGAUAUAUACUGGAAAAAUCUUGCAAUCCCCUAUGUUUCUCUAACUAUUCGUAGAUUCAUAAUAUCAGUAGCAGUCUUUGCUUUGAUCUUCUUUUACAUGAUACCAAUAGCAUUUGUGCAAUCCUUGGCGAACUUGGAGGGUUUGGAGAAGGUCGCUCCAUUCCUUAGGCCGGUGACCGAACUGAAAUUUAUCAAGUCUUUCCUUCAGGGUUUCCUUCCUGGUCUGGCACUUAAAAUCUUUUUGUUUGCUCUUCCAACAAUAUUGAUGAUAAUGUCAAAAGUUGAGGGAUAUGUAGCCAAAUCAACAUUAGAAAGGAAAGCAGCAGCCAAGUAUUAUUACUUUAUGUUGGUCAAUGUGUUCUUGGGGAGCAUAAUUGCAGGAACAGCAUUUCAGCAACUUCGUGCAUUCCUUCACCAAUCAGCUACACAGAUUCCAAGAACCAUUGGUGUGUCAAUACCGAUGAAGGCUACCUUUUUCAUCACCUACAUAAUGGUUGAUGGUUGGGCUGGCAUUGCUAGUGAGAUUUUAAGGUUGAAGCCUUUAGUCAUUUUUCACCUUAAAAACAUGUUCAUUGUCAAAACUGAAAGAGACAGAGUGAAGGCAAUGGACCCCGGGAGUGUAGAUUUUCCUGAGACACUUCCAAGUCUUCAACUAUACUUCUUGCUCGGACUGGUGUAUGCUGUGGUCACUCCAAUACUUCUUCCUUUUAUAUUGGUAUUCUUUGCCUUUGCGUACUUUGUCUACCGUCAUCAGGUAAUCAACGUGUACAACCAACAAUAUGAGAGUGCUGGUGCCUUUUGGCCACACGUUCAUAGUCGUAUCAUUUGGAGCUUAUUGAUUUCUCAACUUCUUUUAAUGGGUCUACUGAGCACCAAAAAGGCUGCAAACUCUACUCCUUUGAUCAUUGUGUUACCUAUAUUGACAUUAGCCUUCCACAAUUACUGUAAGAAUCGGUUUGAACCUGCAUUCAGAAAGUAUCCACUGGAGGAAGCGAUGGAUAAGGAUUUAGAAGAUCGCCCCUCUGAAUCUGAUGUCAAUUUAAAAUCUUUCUUGGCGGAUGCUUACUUGCAUCCUAUAUUCCGCUCUUUUGAAGAAGUUGAAUUAGUGGAGGUUAGAGUUGACAAAAGCCAAGCUCAUAUUCCAAGUCCAUCAGGAAGCAGUUCUUCAUCUUCACACCACGACAUCCAUCAUCAUGAAGAUAAGCCAUCUCAUAGUGUUCAUCACCAUGAAUAUGAACCGCCUAGUAAUGUGUAUCACUACGAAGCUGAGGUAUCGAGUAAUGUUUAUGAAUAUGACACAGAGUCGUACCAUAAUGUAUAUCACUAUUGAGACUAACUUUCUUGGUAUGAUUAGUUUAAGUUGCUUGCACAGCCUAACCACCAUAGCAGUUAGUUUCAAGAGGUUAAUAUGAGCUAACCCAAUGUAAACUGGAUUCUGAUGUUUUGUCCAUUGUUCUGAUUGGUGUGAGCUAAGAAUUUGAGUGAGAAGCUAUGCGAUCUUUAUCGUGCCUUUUUUU